CAAUGCAUACAGUUCCUUCAUGAUCGAAGACCUGUUUGGACGGUUUCACGGUUAGGAAACUCCCUUCUGACGACUUGCAGCUAGUUGGGCGGAAAACGUCCAACUGUUUUUCAGUUUGGUAUUUGGUCCUCAACUACAGGCCCAUGUUAUAAAUACCGAAAAGUUCAAAAGUAUUGAAACAGAAUUUUUUCUUGAUAUUUUUGGUACCCGAUAUAUUUUGGGCCACGGGUGCGAUUUUUUUUGCUUCCUAUCCUGCGGUCGUCAGAAUUUUUUGGCCCCUUUGUGGUGUGUUUGAUUCGGUCGCGCGCGGAAGAUUUUUGAAUAUCACUGUGAUAUACAAGAAAUAAAAAAGGCUACCACCCUGCGAGUGUAUCUGACGGAUCUCGGAUCGUUCAGGUGGAUCGGUGGAGAGAGUAUCGGAGCGCUAGUUUUUUUUUCUUCCUCAAAAGGUCGAACCCACAAUCGGUGGCCCUUGUUUCGUUAGGAAGUUUAUCGGUCGUGGCCUUCAACCGAGUGCAAAAUUGUGUAGUGAGAGCUGCUGCUUCCUAGCUUGACCGCAUUGUUUUACUCUGUUUUGGAUUGACCUUCCUUGCGUGCAGAAGCCAACACUCCGAAGGAGGGACACACAGCAUCCCAAAGAUGUCUAAGGGACAACAGUACAACAACGAGCUGGAACCGGGCAUGAUACGGUUUAAGCCCGAGCCUGUCCCGUUCAGCCAGUUUCUCCUCAACACUAAGGAAGGAACCCUUCUGGGUCGUACGCCCGUCUCAUGGGCUAAAAUCGGUGUCUUUUAUAUGGUCUUCUAUGCCGUCCUGGCCGCCCUUGUAGCCGUCUGCAUGUGGGUAUUCUUCCAAACGCUGGACCCGAGAACGCCCAAGUGGCAGCUGGAUCAGUCGCUCAUCGGAACCAACCCAGGUUUGGGCUUCCGUCCGCUUCCAUCUGAGGACAACGUCGAAAGUACCCUGAUCUGGUACAAGGGCACCGAGGAGAAAAACUACAAACAGUGGACCGACGCUUUGGACGAUUUCCUCGAAGAUUACCGCACCCCCGGUCAGAUCUCCGGCCGCGGCCAGAACAUCUACAACUGCGACUACACCCAGGCCCCGCCCCCACGUACCGUUUGCGAUGUCGACAUCAAGCAGUACGGUCCCUGCACCCUGGAGAACCAUUACAACUACCACAAGAGCGCUCCCUGCAUAUUCCUGAAGCUGAACAAGAUCUACGGCUGGAUCCCGGAGUUCUACAACGAGUCUUCCAACCUGCCCAGCAAAAUGCCCACCGAUCUGCAGCAAUACAUCAAAGAAAUCGAGACCAAUGAGAAGCACACCAUGAACACCAUCUGGGUUUCGUGCGAGGGCGAGAAUCCGGCCGAUAUCGAAAACGUUGGCCCAAUCAAGUACUACCCGCGACGUGGCUUCCCCGGAUACUACUACCCGUUCGAGAACUCCGAGGGCUAUCUGAGCCCCCUGGUAGCGGUGCACUUCGAGCGGCCAGUUCGUGGCAUCAUCAUCAACAUCGAAUGCAAGGCCUGGGCCCACAAUAUCAAGCACGACAGACACGAACGGCUCGGUUCGGUGCACUUUGAGCUGCUGAUCGAUUAAGAAGGAUUCAUCAGCAAAAAGAAGAGCAGCGUUGUUAGAGACAGGAAGAGCGAGAUAUCGUUGAUUUUCUAUAGGAAAGCCCACUAAAGAAUGAAUUACAAAUAGUGAACCCAACCACCGAGACGAGAUCAAACUAAUAAAGAGAGAGAAAAAAAGGAAAAUUGACAUCAAUCAAAAACUUUACUGGAAAGUCUCCGAGAAGAAGCCUCAACAAACAACAACAACAAAAACAGAUGUAGCUCUGUAUAGUAGAUUCAGUUUACAUUUUUGGAUACAUGUAUCAGUAGCUUUUUUCCCGUAAACCAGUUGUAUUUUUCUGGGAUCAAACGUUGUUUCUGCACAGAAAUAUUUAUUGAAAGAAUAGUGUCAAAUUUUUCUAUACAUAUUGAAUUUUUCCAUAUUGCACUACCUAAGAAUUGUGGCCAUUUUUUUAAUGAUGAUAGAUAUGAAAAAGAGAGAAAGAGAGCGAGAAAAAUAUAAAAGCAAUCGUAUCAAGUGUUUCGAUAUUCUAAAGUUCAACAUCCUUAAAACAAACAGUUAGCAUUAUUGCCAUUUUGAGGAACAGCAGGAGCGAGCAAGUUCAAGAAACAUGAGAGAAUGUAACCGAAUUAGGCGAUCUCAUGGUCUUCCCUUAUAAGCUAGGUGAAAAAAAGCACGGAAGGAAAAGAAGGAGGAAACCAUUCGAAUUAAGAACAAAAGACGUUAGGAGCAAAUCCACUGUGUUGUACGAAAGUAAGAUUGUUGUGCUUGUAUUUUUAUUACUAUAAUUACUGUAAAUAAAAACAACUGGGAAAAGUUCACACUACUCGGUAUUGGAACUUUGAAAAUAGCAGAAAAGAAGAACCAAUUUUUGCAGCAAAGUCCCAGUCAGAGGAAGAACACACCAAGGGCAAGAUUAAUUUCGCGUUUAUUAGAAUUUUCUGUACUACUGCCAAUUGAAAUAGUUGGAUCCACCUCUAUAAAUAAACGCCAAAAUGCGGCGAAGCUGCUGCUGAUGAUGAUGAUGUUGAUGCAAAUGAUGACCAAAUGCUAGGGUAAAAUUUAUGCUUCCUCACAUCUCGGCUAAGCGGAGAUAAAAUCUCGAUGCCAUUUUCAGCUAGAGAAUUAUUACAGAAAACCGAAAUGUCAAAUUUAUUUUAUUGCCAGUCUCCAUUCUCCAAAUACAUAUCUCGGUUAAAAAGCACAAACAAAAACUACCCGUACUAAUCCGAACCUAGUGGAGCUAUUUUAAAAUAUAGGAACAGAAUUGUUCCACAUCUCAGAAGUUGGUAUCUUUUUUGAGUGAGAAAGUUUAAAUCUUUACCUUUAAUACGGCAAGCACCAAGCAGAGGUAGAAUCAAUCACAGAAGUUACGAUAGAUAGUUUUAUUUAAACGUUUAAAUCAACAAAACCAGCCAAACUGGUAGGAAAAGAUGUCAAAUCAAUAGUAUUAUACAAAACGUGGCAAUAUAGCAAUGUACAUGAUCGACCAAUUUUACUGACAGCAUAUUUAUAAAAUCGAACUACCUACAAAAUUUUACCUAUCAACUGUGUCAAUCUUUAACCCCUUUAAAUGUACUUUUUCGAAUACAAUCAAUCACAUCACUAUCGAAAGCAUCCUUCUAUGAGUACGAUUUUUAUUGAAAAAAAAACCAAUCAAACAAAUCUUGAUGUUGUGAGCUUUUGCGAAGAAAACGCCAUCCUUUUAAAGUUUAAAAAUAAUGUUUCCGUUCUCGCUACUACACCAAGCAAUUGGUUUUAGAAAAAAAAAGUAAAAAAAGAUUGCGUCCUUGGGAAUCUUAAAGAAAUUCCAAACAUUUAUGAGUUUUAUGGCUUCAAAAACAUUUUAAAUUUAAGAUUUUUAUUUUCGAUGUUCUAUCCCCAUCUGAAUCAUAUCAAAACAAGUUCUCAAGCAGAAAUUUGAAUCCCUCUAACGAAAGAAGAUCGAUCUGAUACAUAUUGUUUCAAUUUCGUUUAAGUAAAUGAAAGUGAAAAAAAACAACCCCCAGAAGCAGCUAUGUAAACAAAUAGAUGAAUAAAUCGAAACUUCGACUUGAAA